AAUAGGGCAUAGAUGAUGACUAUUGUCCUACAGCUGCUUGUUCUACUCGUUGCUUUUCCGUACACAAGCGGCGAUAGUUCACGACCAAAAGUUCUAAUUCUCGGAGGAGGCCUGGCGGGUCUUCAAGCGGGGAACGUCUUGCAACAAAAUGGCGUUCGGGAUUUUCUCAUUCUCGAAGCGGACGACAGACUCGGAGGCAGGUUUCUCUCUCCUUGCCCUCCGGAAGUCCCGGCGUGUGUGACGGAAUUUCACAUCGAGCCCUCGCUGCCGUCGCCUCAUCCGCUUCAGCAACUGCUCGAGAGAUGCAAGAUCGCCAAUGGUACGGGAGCAGAAGAGAACCUUGUAGCAGUAGACGAUGAAGGGAACGACGUGACGAAAGAAAUGAAUGAAGCGUUUGGACGCUUAGAAAUAACCUUCACUUCGCUGCUCGUGGAAUGGACACCAGAGGAAGAUGACAUGGAUUUGCAAGGCUCUUCUCGUUUAUACGGAUGGCACCCUCAAACUCCAGUAGAGCAAGCGUUGGAUGUCUACUUCUCGGACCUCACGUUUAGCGCCAGAUCAUCCGAGAUGUCGACUCACGUGGCCGUCACCAGUAUCGGCGCCGCCAUAUCGCAAGCGGGCGAAUACCUCAACUACUUCGUCAAGGACAGCCGCACGGGAUUCCAGGACAUCGUCGACUGUCUAAAAAAUGGCUUUCUGACUCAAUCGGACGAGCGUGUAAAAUUGAACACAAACGUGACUCACAUACAAUACAGUGAGUCGGGGGUGACGGUCACUACAGCAGAUGGAACGAAGUAUACAGCAGACUACGCGGUCGUCACGUUUUCAUUGGGUGUCUUGCAGCACGAGACUGUGCGUUUUGUUCCCUCGCUUUCCUACUCGAAGAGAAAGACUAUCAAUAAGUUCUCGUUUGGUUUCUAUACCCUCGUCUACUCGCAAUUUUCGACGAGAGUCGAUGAUCCGACGAGCAGAGUAGAUGAGGCUCCCCCGUACUACAUCAGCGUGACACGCCGUCGUAAUGUCUACCACUUCUUCUACGACGCCUACGAAACUAUAGAAAGGAAAGUGAAUCACUCGCAACCAAAUAGUCUCUUUAUACACUGGCUUAUUGGCAACGACGCUAUUCGAGUGGAAACCCAAGAGAUGAGUAAGACAAAAGCGGAAGUGACGCAGAUUUUUCGAGGUUUUUUUGGCCGAUCGACUCCGGAACCUGAAAACGUUUUUGUCAGCAAGGCUAACACUAAUCCUCUCUAUUAUGGUUCCUCUCCGAGUUUUCCUAGUGGGGCGACGUACGAAGAUUAUGACAAGCUGAGGGAACCGCUUGGCAGAGUGUUCUUUGCUGGAGACGCUUAUUAUAUGGCUGAAAGCUUGAAUGGUGCCACGCGUGCUCUCUACAGUGGGACGGAAACGGCAAUGGCAGUGAUCGAAUGUAUGAAUGGACGCUCGUGUGCUAUGAAACAAUACGGUUCUUCGCCAAAGUGUCCGUGAGGUUGAUCACCAGAUUUCUUCUGCACUAGUUUAUAUCUAUCUGUCUUACUUUGCACGGUAGCUACUUAUUCGUGGGACACUCGUUGCAUAGUCUUGAAAUGUUUGUUGAAUUGUUAAAUGCUGGUGUGUUUGUUUACAAAAGGUGCGUCAUCUA